GCCACUCCCAAAACGGCGCCUGGGCGAAAAGACUGAAUAAAGUCCCCUCACCACGCUUUCAAGCGGAUGUUUCGUCAUCUCCUUCCGCUUUCUUGACGGUGGACUUGGGACCUUCUUUCCACGAGGAUUCCCGCGCCCGGAGCUGCUGCUACUCUUGCCUGUGGAUCAUGCUGUUGCUUUCUCUAUUGCUGUCCUUGCUCUCUGGCCUGGCUUCUCCUGUGGAGGUGAAGCGUCCACGGGGUGUCUCCUUAACAAACCAUCACUUCUAUGAUGAAUCAAGGCCAUUUACUUGUCUGGAUGGCUCAGCAACAAUAGCCUUUGAUAGAGUCAAUGAUGAUUACUGUGACUGCACAGAUGGCUCAGAUGAGCCAGGGACUGCUGCUUGCCCCAGUGGCCGCUUCCACUGCUCCAAUGCUGGCUACCGGCCUCAGUACCUUCCCUCCUCCCGUGUCAACGAUGGGAUUUGUGACUGCUGUGAUGCAACAGAUGAGUACAACAGCGGCAUUGUGUGUGAAAACACCUGCAAAGAAAUGGGCCGAAAGGAGCGGGAGGCAUUAAAGCAGAUGGCUGAAGUGGCUAAAGAAGGCUUCGAAAUCAAGAAGGCCCUGAUAGAGGAAGCAAGUAAGAGAAAGGAAGAAAAACAGAAAAAGCUAACUGAGCUACAAGAGGGCAAGAAGGUUGUGGAGGAGCAAGUGGAGACUCUGAGGUCAGUAAAGGAAGCUGCUGAGAAGCCUGAAAAAGAAGCCAAGGAUAUCCAUCAGAAAGCCUGGGAGAAUCAGAAAGCAGCAGAAAGAGCAGCAAGGGAUGAAGCCAAAGCAGAAGAAGCCUUUCACGAGCUGGACGAUGAUGCAGAUGGAAUGGUGUCCAUUACUGAGCUUCAGACACACCCUGAGCUGGAUACGGAUGGUGAUGGAAUGCUGUCAGAAACAGAAGCCCAGACCUUACUGGGUAAUGCCUUGCAGGCAGAUGUGGCCAGUUUUCAGGACACUGUGUGGGCAGCAAUCAAGGAGAAGUACAAAGCAGAGGGCUUGGUUGAAGUACAACAUCCGUCAAAAACCCCAGUAGAAGAAGAGACAGAUACUCAGCCUGAUGCUCAUGUGGACCAGUUACCUCCUGAUAAGGACUAUGAUGAAGAGGAUGAUGAAGAGAGAGAAACUGAGGAGGAUGGCUCUGAUGAAAUGAAGGUUCCUUCACCCAGGCCAUCGUCAGAUGUCAAGGCAUUGGAAGAUGAACUGGAGAAGAUGCUCCCUUAUGAUGAAGCCACACAAGCUCUAAUCGAUGCUGCCCAGAAGGCUCGGGAGCAAUUUGAAGAGGCAGAGAAGUCCCUGAAAGAAAUGGAGGACUCUAUCAGGAGCCUGGAGAAAGAGAUCUCCUUUGCUUUUGGACCCCACGGUGAAUUUUCUUACCUCUAUGGCCAGUGCUAUGAGCUCACCACUAAUGAAUAUAUUUAUCGCCUCUGUCCCUUCAACAGAGUGUCUCAGAAACCCAAGCACAGCGGCUCUGAGACCAGCCUUGGCACGUGGGGUUCCUGGAUUGGUCCAGGUGAUAAUAAAUUCAGCGUCAUGAAAUAUGAGCAUGGGACAGGCUGCUGGCAAGGCCCCAACCGAUCCACUAUAGUGAAGCUUUCAUGUGGCAAGGAGACAGUGGUCCUAUCAACAGCAGAGCCCAGCCGCUGUGAGUACUUAAUGGAGUUUGUCACCCCAGCAGCCUGCCAUGAGCCAAAAGACCUCAAUCAUGAUGAACUCUGAGACUCACAGGUGUGCAAAAGAGCCAUUGCCACUGGGGCCAGAUUCUAAUCUGCAUAAUUCCAAGAAACAUUGCAGAGUUAUUUUUUUUGUCCCAGGGGCUCACCCUCAUGGACUUUCCCACAUGGAUCCCAAUCCCAACAUCCUUUCUCCACUGUUUGCGUUGCUCUGCCCCAAUGGACUGAGGGGUUUUUAAGUACUUGUGUUGACCCUUCUGAAUACUGGGAACGGAGUCUCUGCAGGGCACCACUUGCCCAGACCAUACACAACACACAUGACUGCUCAGCUGCUUGGACAUUAUCUUGCUGGAGAGAAGGCUUCCUUUGCUUCUUACGGUCACUGUUUUGUGGAGGAAGAGCAGCUAUUUUUCAACCACAGAGAGACCUCAGGCCUUCCUGAAGUGCUCUCUCCUGCCAGCCUUUUGUUCUGAGCCAGAUUUCCACUCAGUCUGAGACUUUGCACAGGUGAAGGAAGAAGACUGGAAAAAGAAGAACCUGCUAUUUACUUUGCCUCCUGCACUGCCAGCUGCAGCCUGUUUUUUUAUCUACUGUUCCAUGUUGAACUCUUAUUAAAAAAAGAAAAAAGCCCUUCCAAUAAACAUCUCUGACUGUG